AUGGAUGCCAUAUUCAAAGGAGGAGGAGAAGAGUUGACCGCAUCUGCGCCUCGGACGCUCAGAAGCCGGUACAACGAGAUCAGCGCUGGUGCGGUCCUCGGACUUGCUAUGCGGUAUGCACUUCUGAUGGGGUUGGAUCGGCACGCGUUAGUCCCUUUUCUGAAUUCAAGCGCAGAUCCAUCAGAAGAGGAUUUGAACAGGCUACGUGUUUGGUAUAAUCUGAUAACUUGCAACUUUAACCUUAUGCUUACGUCCGGCCUUCCUGCUUCCACAAAUCCCAUCUUGUCCGCACAAGUGGCUCGGAGAUUCAGCUCCCAUGAGAGAGCUCAGCUACCCGGCGACCUUCGAGUGACAGGGCUUGUGGAGCUCCUUGCAAUCGUCCACCGCACAUGUGGAGAUAUUUCUGGUCGCCAAAUCCACACGGAACACUUGAAGAGCUUGAAUAAGGAAUUAGACGAAUGGGAAAGGUGA